CAACUCACACUGGCUCACAGUAGGCUACCUGACCAUUUCCUAAUGCUAAUAUAAAACCUACACUUUUUCUGCCCUCGCGGUUUCGCUCAGUUCGCUUCACGGAUUGAUAAGAUCUUUUAGUUUGAAAAUCUAAAUCUGCUUGCGUAGCUUCCGGAAUGUCGCCGUUGAAACAGUAGCCGAAUCGCAAUAUUUUAGUUCCAGCAGAAAGAUGCCACAUGGUUCAGAUGAUGUCCGCAAGAAGUUUAUUCUGACCACAACUGGAAACUUCUAUGGAUUAAAGCCAUCAUCAUCACUGACUGACAGCCCAGAGCUCAAUAACUUCUUAGAUGAUGGAAAUGAAUUUGUCUUAUCUGUCAGCAGACAUGACAAUGACCUUCGCUUAUCAAAUAAGAUUGAAGCUGUGGGGGAGACUAGAGAGAAUGUGCUGGUGUUCUUCAAGCUGCGUCCCACAGUGAUCACAGAAGAUAACCUUCAUCACAGCCUUCUGGUUUCAUCCAUGCUGGAGUCUCCCAUUAACACCCUCUAUCAGGCUGUCAGACAGGUUUUCGCACCUGUACUGCUAAAGGAUGAGCGUUGGCGUUCUGCAUUUGACCCUAAACUGGCUGGCCUCCUGAGUGAGCUGGAGCUGGGUCUGGGUUCAGUAGUUCGCCAGUCUGGGACACAACCUUCUGCCAAGAAGGGUUGCACAGAGGAAGAUGUCUUGGGCAUCCUGACUCCCAGCGAUGAGUUCCAGUACUGGGCAGAUCUCUCAGAGUCUGCAGAGAAGAGUAGUUUGAGAGAAAGAUCUCAACAUUUCACUGAGCACUUCAAACCAAUACAAAAGGAAUACGAUGGUCUCGAUAGCCUGUCUAUGUCUGAUGUUAUGGAUCUGGUGGAACAGAGCAGGGACGCUCUGGAUGACAUUUGGAGGCAGACUGAUUACGACCCUUACCCAGAGACACGCAUGGUCCGCCUCAUGGAUGUCAUCGGCGGGGCCCUGGGGAGAUUUGUCCAGAGGAAGCUGAGUGGUCUUAAAAUCUUUGAGGAACCAUUUGUAUUAGUGAGAGAGAACCUGAGAACGGGUUUUGCCAUCUGUGAACAGUGGGUUGUAGCCUGUGAGCAUUUAACUGGACAGGUGUGGAAGAGACAUGCCCCCCACCCCUGGAAGGGAAACAAACACUCCCCGGAAACCCUGCAGUGCCUCGCAAACAGAUUGAAUGAAGUUGUGACUCUACGUGUGGUUCAUGAGAAGCUGCUGUGUUUGCUACCAGGAGCGAAGCAACAGGCUCUGACUGUAGAGCGUGUUUUCGAACCAUUCUCUGGGCUCAACCCUCUGCAUUACAACCCUUAUACAGAGCCUCUUUGGAGAGCAGCAGUGGCUCAGUUUGAGCGUCUAAUGGCUCCAUCAGAGCAGGAGGUUGCUGGCAGACUGAAGAGCUAUAUAGCUGAUGUACAGGACAACCCACAACAGCUAUUACAGGUAUUUCUGAAACAUAAGGAGCUUAUAAGACGUCCCACCAUCCGCAAAGAACUGCAGUCAGAGAGAGAGACCCUACUGGCGAGAUUACUAGACGACAACAAGGGUCUGAAAACUGACUUUGAGACACGCUGCCAUGGAAGUCCUGGUGACAAGUCUGGCCCUCUUAUUGGCCGAAACCUCCCUGAGGUGGUCAACAAAAUAGUUUGGGUGCGGCAGCUCCUACACAAGGUGGAAGACUCUGUCCGCCUAGCUGAGGCUCUGCUUUCAGAUCUCUCUGGGUUCAAAGGGUUCCUGCAUUUCUGUGAUGACCUGCUGGAGAUUCUGAGGGCCUAUGAACAAGAGCAGUUUGAGGACUGGUCAAGAGAUAUACUUUCUGAGCUGACUGACCCAAAGUCAGGGAUCAGUCUUCAGGCCAGUAACCGUGUGAUGGAGCUGGACCAUGAUGAUGGCAGACUCAAGAUUCAGUACUCAGACAGACUAGUCAGUCUGCUCAGGGAGGUCAGGCAGCUCUCUGCCCUGGGCUUUUCCAUCCCAGCCAAGAUACAACUGGCUGCUAAUACUGCAGAUAAAUUCUACAGACAAGCCAUUGUCCUAAAACAGGUUGCUCAUUUCUACAACACCAUUGACCAGCAGAUGAUUCCCUCUCAGAGACCUAUGAUGUUAAAUCUUGCCCUGGCCUUUGAGCAUGUCAUUAAGAAUCCUCGUUCUCAGUCAAAGAAAACAGGAAGUAAGCUGCAGAUCACCUGGGACAACCCCAAAGAGUUAGAAGUCUACAUUGGCAAGCUGCAGGCUGCUGCUGAAAAACUCUCCACCGAAAACAGGAAGUUACGAAAAUGGCACACUGACUUCAUUGAGAAGGUCGUGACACUGAUGAAUGUUGACCUACUGAGACAUCAGCAGCGAUGGAAGGAUGGUCUUCAGGAGCUUCGUGCUGGUUUUGCCACUCUGGAGGCUCAGGGCUUCAGGUCUGAUGACAUGCGGGCAUGGCGUCAGCACUGGAACCAUCAGCUGUACAAAGCUCUUGAACACCAGUAUCAGACUGGGCUGGAAGCACUGAACAAGAACUUGCCAGAAAUACACAUUGAUCUCACUUUCAAGCAGGGCCGCUUACAGUUCUCGCCACCAUUUGAGGAGGUGCGUGCACGCUAUUUUAGAGAAAUGAAGCGUUUCAUCUCGAUCCCAAACCAGUUCCGAGGGGUCAGCACCCAGGGGGAGGAGCUCAUCUUCAACAUCAUGAUUGACAGGAAUGCGUCUGGGUUCCUCACAAUUUUCAGCAAGGCUGAGGACCUCUUUAGUCGCCUGGAAGCUAUACAACACAAGUUCAAGGAGUGGGUGGUGUUGGGACAGACUGAUUUAGAGAAGUUGAUCGAGAAGCAUUUGAGUUCUGUGCAGGACUGGGAAAGAAAUUUCAAAGCCCUGAAAGCCAAGGGAAAAGAGUCAGAACGUUUACCCAGUCAGGAGAAAGUGGACUGUAUCACCGUCAACUGUGAGCCUGUAAAAGCCGCCAUAGAUGACCUGAUUCAGAGGCUGUUUGACAUGCUGCUCCUCUCACUUAGGAAAUCUAUACAAGGCCACACACAAGCAAUAGAAACUUUUGUGACAGAAUCAAUGGACGCCUUGUCCACUCGACCAGAGAGUAUGGAGGAAAUUGGUGCGGCUAGUGCCAAAUAUAACCAGAUACUUGCCCGCAAACCUGAAAUUCUACCUCAGUUCCAAUUUGCUGAGGAGAAGAACCGCUUGCUACGUGCGGUGGCUGGAGCUGGGCUGGACUCUCUCUCUUCACUCAGGGCCAAGUGGGACAAGCUGGAGCUUGUCAUGGAGAGCCACCAGCUAAUGGUCAAAGACCAGGUGGAGGUGAUGCGAAGUUAUGCGGCCAGUCGUAUCGAUGUUUACAGGGCAGAUCUGGAGCGGUUUAAGGCACGCUGGGACCAGCUAAAACCUAAAGAUGAGAUGCUUGAGACUGGUGAUCAUGCUGCCCUGCUUGUAUGUCUUCAGACAAUCAGGGACAAACAGCAAGAGUUUGAGGAGCUAGAGCUUGUGCGCACUAAGCUGCUUGAAGACUGUGCCUAUUUCAAUCUGGAGACUCCGUCUUUCUCUGUGGCCGAAGAGACAAAAAGAGACAUGGAGGAAUGCAGCCAAAUGUGGGGUCUGUAUGAGGAGUGGCACCAAGGGUUCUCAGAGAAGGCCCAGGAAGACUGGAUAUCAUUCAGGAGUAAAACAUAUGUAUUUGAGGAGUUUUUGUUUACUUGGCAAGAAAGACUAAGAAAACUAGAGCAACCCACUGUGAUGUCUGUUAAACUACAAGAGGAAGUCGACAAAUACAAGAACAUGAUUCCAGUGCUGAAGUAUGUACGUGGGGACCACCUGUCUCAGGACCACUGGUUGGACAUGUUCCGUUUACUAGGCCUCCCAAGAGGGAUGACUUUAGAGAGACUUACCUUUAGUGAUCUUCUUGCUGUGGCAAAUACCAUCAUAGAGAAAGCAAUGGAGCUCAAGGAUCUGAACAGUCGUGCUCAGGCGGAGGUGACGAUCAGAGAAGCUCUGAGGGAGCUGGAUUUGUGGGGAGCUGCAGCUACCUUCACCCUCACUGAGUACACAGACAGCAGUGGGCGCACUCUCACCCUCAUCAAGGACUGGAAGGAUAUUGUCAACCAGGUGGGAGAUAAUCGCUGUCUGCUGCAGUCGCUAAAAGAUUCCCCUUAUUACCGCAGCUUCCAGGACAAGGUCAGUCUGUGGGAAGUUCGUCUGUCCGACUUGGAUGAGUAUCUGCUCAGUCUGAAUGCCAUCCAGAGGCGCUGGGUUUAUUUGGAGCCCAUUUUUGGACGAGGAGCAUUGCCCCGAGAGGAAGCUCGCUUCAAACGAGUUGAUGAGGACUUCAGGUCUAUAAUGUCAGACAUCCAGAGAGACAACAGAGUUGUUUCUCUGAGUUCGAGGGCUGGCAUCAGAAACUCCCUCGUCACCAUACUGGACCAACUACAGCGCUGCCAAAAGUCACUCAAUGAGUUCCUGGAGGAGAAACGGUCUGCCUUCCCACGGUUCUAUUUCAUUGGGGAUGAUGAUCUGUUAGAAAUUCUUGGGCAGGCAACCAACCCUAGUGUCAUCCAGUCACACCUAAAAAAACUCUUUGCAGGCAUCCACAGUGUUGUGUUUGAUGAGCAAUGCCAGCACAUUGUCGCCAUGUGUUCUUUGGAGGGAGAAAUUGUGCCACUCAGAAAUAUUGUACACAUUUACAGCCUUGUGGAGGUGUGGUUAAGUGAGCUGUCUGUGGAAAUGAAGGAGACCCUAAAGCACUUGCUGUAUGAAUGUGUGUCAGCAGCAAAGAAAGGGGAAGUGGACCCCUCUCGUUAUCCAUCACAGAUCCUGUGUCUGGCUGAGCAAAUCCAAUUUACUGAAGAUGUGGAAAGAGCUAUAAAAGAACAAAAUUUGCAUCAGUUGGAGUUGGAGCUUAACAGCAAAUUAGAAGUCUAUACCACAGUGGACACCAGCUCUGAUAACACAG